AACCGCGCGCCUACGCGGAUCGCGAGGUUCCCAAAAUUAGUGUAAACAUGGCCUCGCGGUACAGUCACGGUGUCCAGCGAGUUUUAGCGAAAUUGGAGGCCUCGAUUAACUCGGAGAACUACUAUGAGGCCCAUCAGAUGUACCGUACUUUGUAUUUCAGAUACCUCGGCCAGAGGAAGUACUCCGAGCUUCUGGAGCUGCUCUACAGCGGGUCGAUGCUGCUGUUGCAGCACGAACAGCACGCAAGUGGAGCCGACUUAGGAAUUCUGUUUGUCAACGUUCUGACGCAAUCCGGCACGGUACCUGCGCAGGGCUUCUUCGAGAAGAUCACGACCCUGUUCAGCCUGAUGAGCCCCACGUCCCCGGAGAGAGAGAUGUUCGUGCAGUCGGCGCUCAAGUGGAGCGUAAAGGGCACAGACUACAAGACCGGCCAUCCGGACUUGCACCAGAAGAUAGCCCAGGUCUUUUGGAGAGAAAAGAAUUACAUAAUGGCAAGACAACACUUUAUACAUAGCAGAGAUGGCUCCGGGUGCGCCGCGAUGUUGGUGGAACUUCACGAGCAACGUGGUUACAUGAACGAAAUAGAUCUCUUCAUAGCUCAAGCAGUUUUACAGUAUCUUUGUUUACAAAACAAAGCAACGGCGCAAGAGGCCUUUAAUUCUUACACUUCAAGGCAUCCAAAAAUAAAUAGUGGCCCGCCAUAUCUUCUUCCUUUGUUAAACUUCUUGUUUUUCCUACUCAAAACCAUUGACAGUGGUAAACUAGCGGUAUUCACGGUUCUCUGUGAGCAGUACCAGAUCUCUUUAAACAGAGAUCCAUGUUAUCGACAGUACUUAGAUAAAAUAGGCCAACUUUUUUUUAAUAUACCACCUCCGCGCCCACGCAAUCAAGGAUUGUUCGGCUCGUUGCUGCAAUCCUUCUUCAACGGCCUGGAGGACGACGACUCGGAUGACGAGCAGCGAAAUACAGCCUCAACGUCGCACGCCGCCCAGGAGCUUGAUUGAUUGAAGGUGAGGCAACGCUGUGCAGUGUGACGCUGAAAGUCGUAUCGGACUUUUAUAUAUUACCCUUCGAACCCAAAUACUUUCACUAACUGCACCUGUGUUACUCGACGGAAUGAAAUUUCAAAUUGUGGACGGAUUAUGUUUGCGAAAAGAAAAGAAAACGGAAAGCUAAAGGAAUUGCUAUGCUAUUUGAAGGGAGUAAUUCCGUACCGUGUAGAUGAGAGUACGUGGGACUACUUACCGGGAAUUUAUCAAAGUUGUAAGUUGUAUACUGAAUUCACAAUGGUUAAAAUUCAACAAUGCAACUCAAUUCUUGAUUAUUUUAUUUAUACACAUCUAAUACUUUCUGUACUCUCUUUUUAGCCAAAUAAGAUUUAUGUGCAAUAAUAACGAGAUGAUCUUUUGAAUAAGAGUCUACAAAUUAAGUUACAUAUAACUUCGGACAUGUAAUAAAUAUUUGUGAUAAAAAAUUUGAAAGAGCAUGAGUUAGCUUCGUGAUAAAAGUCAGUGUAUUCUCAAUUCUACAUUCUGUAUAACACUGUUAUGAAUUCAGCAAAUUAUACUUAAACUUUGAAUAAAAUCCUUGCCAUUAGUUACAACCCGUAAUACCGUGCAUAUAAUCACAUGAAUAUAUACCUGCGUGUAACUGCUGGAUCGAAAAUUUAUUUUAUAUAAACUAAAAUGCGUGUGGACAAAUAAAUGUGACAUAAUUGUAGCUUCCGGGGGGGAGGGGGGGGGGAAGAAUGCUUACCGAGAUCGCUUGUUGCUGAGGCGUCGAGAAAGGAAAUUACUACUCGGGGCAGCAAGCGAUAUAUUUAUUUAUUGGAUUCUAUACCGAUAUGGGUAAUCGUUUAAAGCAUUUAGAGAAAAACAAUUGCGUAUAUUUAACUAAGGAAAUAAAACGACCAUCACUGUGUAAUAAAAUUCUUCACAGCAUUAA